AUGGCUUCAGAUCAGGAUUUCACGACUUCCUUCAUUCCGGCAUUGUAUAAGCCCGCAGCACUUCUACCCAUUGCGCGACACAAAGCAAGCCUCUUGUAUCUGGUCGAGACAUACCCGGUCACCAUCGUGGUUGGUCAAACCGGAAGCGGGAAAACAACUCAACUUCCCCAAUAUCUCGAUCAAGCAGGUUGGUGUGAGGAUGGAAAGGUCAUUGCCGUUACCCAGCCCCGACGUGUGGCUGCCACUACGGUUGCUACGCGAGUUGCAGAAGAGAUGCGCUGCAAAGUCGGAGAAGAAGUAGGCUACUCAAUCCGAUUUGAGGAUUUGACCUCUGCUGCAACCAGGGUAAAGUUUCUUACCGAUGGAAUGCUGCUUCGUGAAGCUUUAGUCGAUCCUCUCUUGUCCCGUUACUCGGUUAUUAUGGUUGACGAGGCUCAUGAGAGAUCGCUGAGUACCGAUGUACUCCUUGGGAUAUUAAAAAAAAUCCUUAGGAAACGUCCAGAGCUUCGUGUCAUUAUUAGCAGUGCAACAUUGCAAGCGGAGGAUUUUCUGAAAUUCUUUGCUGGGGAUGAGUAUAAACCUGACGCAGAACCCUCUGACCUUGGCGGUGCAGUGGGCAGAAUUAUCAGCAUAGAAGGCAGGAUGUAUCCCGUGGAUACAUUAUUCCUGGAUUCUCCAGCGGAGGACUAUGUUGAGAGGGCUGUCAAAACAGUAUUUGAUAUUCACACACAGGAGGCAGAAGGCGACGUUCUUGUUUUCUUGACGGGCAGAGAAGAGAUUGAUCGAGCAAUUCAAUUGAUAUCCGAGCGAGCUGCAUCUCUGCAUCCAAAAUCCCCUACUUUGCUCCCGCUGCCGCUGUAUGCCGGUCUUACUACAGAUCAGCAAAUGUACGUCUUCGAGCCGACUCCGGAGAACACACGGAAAGUUAUUGUGUCAACCAACAUUGCGGAAGCCUCGGUCACAAUUGAUGGAAUCGUGUAUGUCAUCGACUGUGGGUUCGCUAAGCUCCGGGCUUACAACCCUAGUACUGGGAUCGAGACCUUGACAGGAGUUCCGAUUUCAAAGGCCUCAGCUACUCAACGAGCUGGACGUGCAGGAAGAACAAGACCUGGAAAAUGUUUUCGCCUUUAUACACAACAAACAUACGAGCAACUCCCUGAAGCGACCAUCCCAGAAAUUCAGCGAGCAAAUCUUGCUCCUAUCGUCAUGCAACUUAAAGCAUUGGGUAUCGAUAACAUCGUUCGAUUCGACUUUCUGACACCACCACCUGCGGAAUUGGUCAUUCGAGCCUUGGAACUUUUGUUUUCUCUUGAUGCAGUCGAUGACUAUGCCAAACUCACUAAACCACUGGGUAUGCGGAUGGCAGAGCUUGCAGUAGACCCUAUGAUGGCCAAGGUUUUACUUGCUGCCCCUGCAUUCAAAUGCUUGAGUGAGAUUCUUUCCAUUGCAGCCAUGGUCAGUCUUCAGGGGACUGUAUGGGUACAACACAACGACAACAAAAAAGCUGCAGAGAGUCACCGACGUAAAUUUGCUGUCGAAGAAGGUGAUCAUCUCACUUACUUGAACGUGUAUCAGGCAUUUGUCACAAAAGGCAAAAAGGAUUCAAAAUGGUGUCGUGACAACCUGUUGAACUACCGGGCAUUACAACGAGCAGUGAGUGUUCGUGGCCAGUUGAAACGGUAUCUUGAACGCUUCGGUAUUCAAGUCGAUGAGACUUUAUCGUCUCACCAGCAUACUGUCGAUCCAAGCAAACAGCCGGAACAGAUACAGCGUUGUCUCUCAACUGGUUACUUUGCUCAUGCUGCCAAAAUGCAGCCAGACGGAACUUUCAAGACCGUUAGUGGGGGACUCACCCUUCAUGCUCACCCUAGUUCCUUGAUGUUUAACCGAAAAGCAGAUUGGGUGAUUUUUCAUGAAAUUAUGCAAACCGGCGACAAGACCUACAUCCGCGACAUCACUAAGAUUGAAAAAAGCUAUCUCUUGGAAUAUGCACCGGAAUAUUAUAGGGUGACCUAG